AUGUCACUGGACCACUGCCCCUCCACUGUUGAAGUUGAGAAUCACCAAGAUGACGCCGCCAUUGCUCUCAUUGCUACUAACGACGACGAACCUCCUCCUCUCCUCAUUUCUCUCUAUAUGACUAUGUCACUGCUGCCGUUUGGAGGUCUCUCAACACCACUGAUGCCCUGCAUGAAGAACCACUAUAGCAGCCGACUAGGGUGGCUUCCACUGAUAAUGAAGUUGUUGCAGUUAACCGAUGUUGUUGCCGCCUAG